ACCUAAGACUUAAUUUUCUCAAAAAUUUGAAGCAAAUCUAAAAUUGAUGAUAUGUUAGGUUGUAAAAGACUUUUCAAUGAAAUUCAUAAAAUAUCAAUUAAGCAUGUUAGAAGGAAACAUAAAAAAGAACAUUGGUCUGUAGUACGAAAGAAAGUUCAACCUGUGGAUAAAGCUUUGAGCUAUUUCAAUGAAUUUUAUGAACCAAUAUUUGGUCAGAAAUGGCCUGAAAUAAGAGCAGGAUUACUGAGCAAUCAGAAAUAUAUUGCUGUAGUGAAUAAUUAUGCCAAUGCUCCUGAAAUUUGUAAAAAUUUGGAACUUACAGGUGCUCUUAACAUAAGAAAACUGUUUCAGUUAGAAAAAGAGUAUAUUGAAGAACGAUACUCAAAAAAUAAAAGACUGAGAAACUUGCUGAGAAUAUGGCAAAUGGACAGAACUUUGGAAGAAAAAUGUCAUAAUGAAAUUACAGAUUCUCCAUUGGAGAAAACCCAAAACAACUUAUCAAUUGAAGAAGGCCUGAAAACAGCCGAAAUUGAUACCAGUAGAAUUUUUGAUUCAAAGGGUUCCGGAUCAUCUGAAAUAUUACUAGACUAUCUACCUGCUACUGAAAUAAAAGGAAAUGAAGACUAUAUUCCCGAGUUUAGCUAUGAUUUUCAAGAUCAAAAUAGCGAUAUGGUUGUACGUAUAGAAAGAGAAUUCGAUAUACAUUUUCCAGAACAUUUGAAUCUAUAUAGUUAUGGGGUAGAAAAUAACGAACCUUUUGAUUCACCUAUCAGAGAUAUAACACAAGUUUAUAAUUAUUAUUUGAUGGAUGGAGGAUCUAUUUUUCCAGUAUUAGCCCUUGACUUAAAACCUAAUAAUUCUUUCUUAGAUAUGUGUGCUGCCCCGGGUGGAAAAAGUUUGUUAGCAUUACAAACUCUUUACCCAAGUACCAUCACUUCGAAUGAUUGUAGUAAAUCAAGAGUUGACCGGUUGUUUAAAGUCUAUCAACAAUUUUUAUUCAACUUCAAUGAGGACUUCUUGAAAAAAGAGAAAAUCAUUAUUACUAAUACAGAUGGAAGAUUUAUAAAAUAUGGCAGUUUUGAUAGAAUAUUGGUAGACGUCCCCUGCACUACUGAUAAACACUCAUUAAAGGAAAAUGACAAUAACAUAUUCAAACCAUCGAGGCUAAAAGAAAGAUUAAAAUUACCCGAACUUCAAAGUGAAUUGCUAUAUAACGCUUUAAAUUUGGUUAAUGAAGGGGGUAUUGUAGUUUAUUCUACAUGUUCACUUAGUCCCAUUCAAAACGAUGGUGUAGUUCAUUUGACUCUGAGAAGAAUAUGGGAAGAAAAGAAGAUUGAAGUAAUUGUGAAAGAUCUCUCUCCUGCUCUACUGAUGGCAAGAUGUUUAUUCAAGCUAGCUAGUCCAAAGAUUAUGAAAUAUGGUCAUUUGGUUUUACCUUGUAAGGCUCAAAAUUUUGGACCAACUUAUUUUUGUAAAUUACAGAGAAUAAAAUAGAUAAGUACCAUUUAAUGUUCAUUGCAUCAAAAAUGCAUUAAAUAACUAUUUAUUCCUUA